AUGACAAGCUUACCAGAUACGACGAUCUCGGUGGGUAAGCUCCAGCAAUGGGAUCUGCCGGACGGUCUCGCGGAGAAGGUGCUGGUGGGUGCUGGCUGGAGUACGCCAAAGAACUUUGGUAAGAUCAUAACAUACACCUUCUUGGACGCGGCGAAGCAGAAGCCGAUCGGCGUGGAAUACGGAGUGGAUCAAUACGGAGGGUACAAUGCGAUGCGGUUCUUGGAUUUGUCUGGAUGGUAG